CUCACAGCCCGACGGAAGGAACAUUAGUUUAUCUUACAGCGGAAUGAUUGGUUAGGUUAGCCGAAGUGUCACCGAAGUGUAUCAGUCGUGAAGAUGCUUGAUGUGGCAUUUUUAUCACAAUUUGAGUAUUUGGAUACGCUUUUGAAACAACCAUGGAUAUUUUAUCAGUAUUGACUAGGGGCGGUCACUGGAUAAUUACCAAAACAAUCAAGUGUCUCAAAGAAUUCACAGCUUUGAAUUACUCAAGACCAUACAAUGUGUAUAAUGAGAUUAAGCAAAUCUUGUUUCUCACAUUUUUUUUGAGCAUUGACUUUCUUUCCUGGUAUUUGAAUAAUAUCCAACAGGAAUAUUACAUCGAUGAGGCUUUCCACAUACCUCAGACGAUACAAUAUUGUGCGUGGAAUUUUACAGAGUGGGAUCCUAAAAUCACUACGUUACCGGGCUUGUACCUUAUUACUGGUGUGAUAAUAUGUCCUUUACAACUUUUUCAUCGUAUCUCUUACAUAAGAAAAAUGCAUGCAUAUGGGGCUUUCUUGACCUUCUAUCUUUUGUUUAAAAUUAUAAAGAAGAAUUGGAAGUCCCAGACGGAUUGGUGGAAUAAAUGGUCAAUUAUUGGAUUGACAUAUAAUCUUAUCCUUUUUCCACCAUUGUAUUUUUAUUUCUUUUUUUACUAUACGGACGUUACGUCUGUAAACAUGGUGCUUUUAAUGUUUUAUCUGCACCAAUGUAAGCACACGAUGAUGACAGCCUUCGCAGGUCUAUUAGCCGUGCUCGUUCGUCAGACGAAUAUUGUUUGGCUCGGUUUCUUCACUAUAGAACAUGCAUUAGACAUAUUUGAUAAAAGGAUAAACGAACCCUCUGAAAAACUGUGCACUUCAUUGCACUUUCUUUUAAUUUGGAGGCAACUAAUGUCCGAAUUGCGCAAAGGUCCGCUGUCCUUCGUCAAGUUCGUUGCGCAGAUAUGUGAUAACUUACUUCCUUACUUAACAGUAUGUGUCAUGUUCGUUGCUUUUGUCAUAUGGAACGGAGGCAUAGUGGUCGGUGAUCGUAGUGCCCAUGUUGCAACAAUCCACGUUUGUCAGAUAUUUUAUUUCUCUGCUUUCGUUUCUCUGUUCUCAUGGCCGUAUGUUAUACCUCAUUGGCAAACGUGUUUGCGAUUUCUUCGUCAGCAUUGGAUUUUCGCGAGCGGUGCUAUUGCAUUAAUGGCCAUGACGAUAUGUUUCAAUACACUCGUUCAUCCGUACAUUUUGGCUGAUAAUCGACAUUACUCGUUUUACGUGUGGAAUCGAUAUAUGGGCCGAUACGCGGUAUUCAAGUACCUACUGAUACCGAUUUACUGCGCUAGCCUGUUCGCCAUGUCACGGAACAUUGCUCAUUUGAGAUUUCUCACACAGAUUAAUUAUGUUAUUUGCGUGUGCAUAGUGCUAAUACCUCAAUUACUAGUAGAACCACGUUAUUUCAUUUUGCCGUACAUAUUUUACCGUUUAAAUAUGAAAAGGCCAGAAAGGUGGCAGAUUAUUUGUGAAGCUUUCACGAUUAUCGUUAUCAAUUUCUUGCAAUUUAUGAUUUUUUCCAUUAAAGUAUUUUAUUGGAAGGAUCAGCCUUAUGCCCAACGAAUUUCUUGGUGAAAUUUACGACGUUAAAUGUACAAAAUAAAU